GACACUCUGACAGCUCUGCAAAGACAGGCAUAGAGACUGCACGAAAGUUCCUGGCUGUUUGAUGGACAAAAAAUAAUCAGUUGAGAAAAGAAUACAAAUUCUUCCAAAACAUCAUCAACUCAUAGGAGGUUUUGCGACACACCAGAAACGGAGUGCUAUGAUGGCCAAGCCUUACAUGAGACAAGGGGAACGUGAAGAUGUUGUCAGCCCUCUGCAGUGGAUGGACGGUGACACGAGCUCACCUGAUGGAGACAUGCCGCUCUCGUCACACCGCUACAGAACAAAUGGAUUGAACCACCAGAGCAGAGAGAUGGGGAGUGAGGAUGUGGAGGAAGAUGAGGAGGAUGAAGAGGAAGGACAGGAAGAUGAAAAUGGGCCUAAACGUCGAGGCCCUAAGAGAAAGAGGAUGACCAAGGCCCGGCAGGAGCGUUUUCGUGCGAGACGUGUUAAGGCUAACGCCAGGGAGCGCUCUCGUAUGCACGGCCUGAACGAUGCCCUGGAGAACCUGCGCAGCAUCAUGCCCUGUCACUCCAAAACACAGAAACUGUCCAAGAUUGAGACGCUACGGCUGGCUCGCAAUUACAUCUGCGCUCUGUCCGAGGCCCUGGAGGAGGGCCAGUCCACGGAGAGCAGGGCUUUCAUGGAGACACUGUGUAAAGGCCUCUCUCAGCCCACCAGCAACCUGGUUGCUGGCUGCCUACAGCUUGGCCAGGCCUCUGGUGUGGGAGUCAGGCCUGAGGACAGACACGGGGUCAGGGGACCUCCUGCUGUUUUGGGGGGAGUUGGUAUGGGAGUUGGCACCCUCAGCUACUCCUCCCCAGGCCUGCCGAGUCCCCCGUACGGCACUUUAGACUCAGCUCACCUGCUUCACUUGAGGGCAAUGAAAGGGGGAGUUUAUGAAAACCACUCCCCCAAUGAGUAUAACGGAGGUGGAGUGGGAACCCCUCCAUAUGAUGACCCUCCAACUCCACCUCUCAGCAUCAGCAGUAACCUGGUAUCGAAGCAAGAGCCGUCCCCCCACUACUUACCACCACACCACUACUCACCAUCCUCUAUGGACCAGACAGCCACACAGGGCCAGGUCCUGUAUCAGACAGCGGGCUAUGACGUACGCUUAGAGGUGCCAUACGACUCCUACCACCCUCCCCAUGUGCCCCCCCGACAGAUAACCUCAGUGUACAGAGACUAGAGAGGAUCAGGAGGGCUGAUUCUGCCUCAGCCAUCAAUACGACUCCACUGGAAAUCACUGCCCGUUUGUCUUUCAUUAACACCCUGAUGUCUGACGCCUGGCCUGAAAGACUGAGGGAUCAAUCCAUCUCAGUGGACAGCCUGCUAGUAAACACUGUAACAUAAAAAGGGUUUGUUUACAUGUGCAGUGUGGAGCGGUGGCACUGUUUACAAUAGACUAGCAGUGAACAUUCUUAAAAACAUAAAAUACUUGACUUAGAACAAUACCAUUUUUGAAAACUGAGAACCAAAUAAUUUAAAACUCUUGCAGGUCCUAAUGGGAAAUCUUGGUUUGGCAAUUUUAACCAUAUAGCCAGUCAUGACGGUUUAUUUGCUACAGUAUUUCCCAUUUAAGCACUUCUUAUUUAGCUUUGGUAACAUCAAACAGAUAUUGAACAUACAUUCAUGUACUUUUAUUUAUUUUUCAAUCUAAUAUAUAUAUGGACUUUUGUCUGUUUUGAUGUGCUGGUGUGUGUCUGGUUUUAAUUUUGUAUAUACCUGGUCUAGGUCUUCUCUCUGUUUGCGACUUAGAUUGAUAGAGUAUUUCUCAUGUUUCUUUUGUGUCAAGAUUUGUUUGUUGUCUGUUCUUUCAUGUUUUGCACUUGAAAACGUGUCCUGAUGUAGGUUUGCUAGCUGAUGUAGCCGCUCUUUCGGGAGUGAGAUCUGCAGAGAGGAAAUUGUUGAUCUAUAGACAAAGAAAUGCAAAAUCAAAAUGAAGUAAGGGAGGAACCAAGGCAAAGAAUCAGAUUCAUUCUCAGGUGAAGCUUGUGAACCUGGAUGGAACAUCCCAUAGAAAUAAAAACAAUGCCAACAAAUAAUGCAUUGAAUCCAAGUAUUAUUUUGUAGUCUUUUUUCCUUUUUUGUUUUGGAAAAUGGGUGUCAUUAAAACAUU